CGGACGGGCCAUGCCGGACAACGACGUGGCACUGUUUGAUGCCCUGGAGACGGGGGUGGAAGUGUGGUACCCUGAGGCGGUGAGCGGAUAUGCGCGAGGCACGGUGGUGGGCGUAGAGGGCGAGGGCGCCGAGGCGGUGUUUGCGGUGGCGCCGGCCGACGGCGGGGAGGAGCUGAGCCUUGCGGCCGGGCAGGUGUAUCCGCUCAACCCGGCGAGCCAGGAUGGGGCAGAGGACAACACGCAGCUGAUGUACCUCCACGAGCCGCAUCUCGUGCACAACUUGCGGGAGCGGUACGCGCAGGACAACAUCUACACUUUUACGGCGUACAUUCUGCUGGCAAUCAACCCGUACAAGACGCUCGACAUCUACACGCCCGAAAUCAUGGAGACGUACCGCGGCAAGUCGAUUGGGCUCAUGCCGCCGUCGGUCUUUGCCAUUGCUGACCGCGCGUACCGGUCGAUGAAGACGAGCAAGAUGUCGCAGUCAAUCCUGGUCUCCGGCGAGUCGGGCGCCGGCAAGACCGAGACCUGCAAGAUUGUCAUGCGGUAUCUGGCGGCAGUGGGUGGCGACCUCAAUCUGGGCGGCGUGAUUGAGACGCGGAUUGUGGAGGCUAACCCCCUGCUCGAGUCGUUUGGCAAUGCCAAGACAACGCGCAACCACAACUCUUCGCGGUUCGGCAAGUUUACCGAGAUCCACUUUGAUGGCAACGCUCGCGUUGUCGGCGCCGCCAUCUCGACGUACUUGCUGGAAAAGUCGCGCAUUGUCCACCAGAACCCAUCGGAGCGCAACUACCACAUCUUCUACCAGCUCUGCGGCGGAGCUCCGGCCGAGAUGCGCGACGAGCUCGGUCUCGGCCCUGCUUCCGAGUACUACUAUCUCAACCGGUCCGAGUGCAAGCCGAUUCCGGCGUUUCCGGAAGAUUCGUCGUACGCGCGGACGGUGGCGUCGAUGACUUGCGUCGGCAUGUCGCCCGAGGAGCAGCUCGAUGUGUUCAAGGUUGUUGCCGGUGUCCUCCACCUCGGCAACAUCCGGAUCGGGCCCAAGAAGCGCGGCGACGGCUCGGAAGUUGCCGCCGACGACCCGGCGCUGGCGGCGGCGGCCCAGUACCUUGGCACCUCACCGGUGGCGCUCUCGGAACGGAUUGUUGGGCGGAUGAUGAAGGUACGCGGAAAGAAGGAGUCAUUCCGCAUUCCGCUGUCGGAGGAGGAGGCCAAGCACGCGCGCGACGCACUGGCCAAGGCCAUCUACUCGGCUAUGUUUGAUUGGAUUGUGCAGCGGAUCAACCUCUCGCUCCCGUUCGACUCGUCAGCGGCGUACAUUGGCGUCCUCGACAUCGCUGGCUUUGAGUUUUUCGAGGUCAACUCGUUUGAGCAGUUCUGCAUCAACUACGCCAACGAGAAGCUGCAGCAGCACUUUAACGAGCAAAUUCUCGACCAGGAGCAGCAGCUCUACACCAAGGAGGGCAUCCGGUACAAGGAGAUUGCCUUUCGCGACAACCAGGACAUCAUCGACCUCAUCGAGCUCCCCAAGGGCGGUGUCGUAUCUAUCCUCGACGAGCAGUGCCGUCUGCCGCAGGCCUCGGACGUCCGUUUUACUCAGGCCAUCCACGCUGCCCACGACGCCCACCCGCGCAUGCUCGAUCCCCGCAAGUUCAAGACUCCCUCUGGAAAGCGGCACCAGGCCGACGAGGCCUUUGUCAUCCGCCACUUUGCCGGCGACGUCUGCUACUCCACCGACGGCUUCCUCGACAAGAAUCACGAUGCGCUCCAUCCGGACCUCCUUGAUCUUGUCACCUCGUCGUCGGUCCCGUUCAUCGCCAACUCGAUUUUCAAGCCACCCGAGCCCGAGCCGACACCCGAGGCGGUGCCUGCCGACGGCGGUGACGGCCCGUCAGCUGCGCCGCGCAAACGGGCUGGGACUGCCAAGAAGACCCGCUCGCUGACCGUCGGUGGCAAGUUCCGCAAGCAAAUGCUCCAGCUCAUGGACCGGCUACAUGAGACAUCAUCCAACUUUAUCCGCUGCAUCAAGCCCAACUCGGAGCAGGUGCCGGCCAAGUUUGACACUGUCUCGAUCAUCCACCAGCUCCGCUGCGCCGGUAUGCUCGAGGCGCUGCUGCUGAUGCAAACUGGGUAUCCGACUCGCUGCAAGUUUACCGAGCUCUGUGCCCUGUACAAGCAUCUCAUGCCGCCGGCGCUGGCUCGCCUCGAGCCUGCAGUCUUUUGCGAGGCGCUCCUGUUUGCCCUCGAGCUCGACCGCCGCGACUUUCAGCUCGGCCUCACUCAAGUCUUCUUUCGCGCCGGCAAGAUGGCUUUCCUCGACCGCAUCAUGUCGUCCGACGAGGGCAUUGCCGAAGAGAUUGUGGCCAAGGUCCAAGUCUGGCUUCACAAGAAGCGCAUGUUGCGGCUGCAGUACGCCACACUCGCCAUCAACCGCAUCAAGGGCGGCGUUGCGCGGCUCCGCGCCCGCAAGCGCCUCAUCGCCGCCUCCUCGGCCGUCCACGUCCUCGCCACCGGUGCGCUGGCCAAGCUGGGCCCGCUUCGCACCUUUGUCGCGGCGCGGACCAUCCAGUCGGUCUACCGCGGUUACGCCGCCCGCCGCAAGUACCUCGCCACCCGCCGCGCUGCCACUCUGCUGCAAAAGUACGUCCGUACCUUCUUGGUCUACAAGUCGCACUACGCCGCCCGCGCCAAGCUCAAAGCUGCGCGCAUUGCCUCCAUCCGCGACAACGCUGCUGCCGCCCGGGCUGCUGCCCGCGAGAAAGCACGCGCCACCCGUGUGGCCGCCCGCGAGCAGGCUCGCAAGGACGCCAAGCUCCAGCGCGAGGCCCGCGCCUCGGCGCUCGCCUCGCAGAUGAAGGCCGAACAGGAGCGCCGCGAGCGCGAAGAGUCGCGGUUCAAGAAGCAAUUUGCCGCGCUCGAGGCCGAGGCCAACGCCGCACUCGCUUCCGCGCAGUCAGCCGCCGCCGCCGAGAUCGCCGCCGCCGAGGACGCGCUUGCCGACAAGGAAACAGUGCUGGCGUCGACCAAGACCGAGCUCAGCUCGACUCGCGACUCGCUGGCCGAGACGCAGGCCGCACUCGCUGCGGCCGAGUCGGACAAGCGCCAGCUCGACGGCGCGCUCAGGGCCAAGAUCGCCGAGGCCGAGGCCAGCGCAGCAGACCUUGCUGAUGCACAAGCCGAAAUUGCGCGGCUGGUUGCCCUUCUUGCCGCCAGCGAGUCAGCCAAGGCCGGGGCUGAGGCCGAGGUUGCACGGCUCACGCCGUUUGAGGCUGCUGCCGCCCGGUCGGCGUCACGGGUUGCCGAGCUCGAGGCCGAGCUCGACGAGGCCAACGACAAGAUCAAGUCGACCAAGCGGAGCCUGAGCCAGACCAAGGCUGCACUUGACGAGACCCAGGGCGAGCUGGAGGACGCACAGCGGGCAGCGGCAACGUUGACCAAGGACCAGCUGACCCGGUUGCAGCGCGAACUCGCGGACGCCCGUGACGAGGCCGAGACGGCGCAGCUUGCGCUCUCGGCGCUUGAGACCGAAUCGCGCGCUAAGAUUGCGAGCCUCGAGUCAGCGGUGGCCACUCUUGAGGCUAGCGCGCGAUCGGCCGAGGGCCGGGCUGCCGGACUGAGCGAAGAGUCCGAGGCAGCCGCAAACAAGAUCCGCAAACUCGAGCGCAAACUCGCCAGCGCGCGGAGUGAGGCCGAGGAGGCACACGAUGCGCUCGAGGCGGCCGAGGCGGCAGCGUCGGGUCGCGAGCGUCGACUCCGCGCCACCAUCGCCGACCUGGAGGCCAACACCGGAGCGUCUGAGGAGGAGCUUGACGAGCUGCGGGCGCUCUACGAGGGCAAGCUCUCGGCGCUGACCGCCAAACUGCUCAACGAGGAGUCGCUGAGGACGUCGGCCGAGACCAAGCUGGUGCGCAUCGAAGCCGAAGCCGAGGCCAACGCCGACGACCAGGCCAACGCCGAGCGCAAGGUCAUGCGUCUCGAGCGCAAGGUCAAACGGCUGACGACGCAGGUCGACGAUCUCGAAGAGGAUCUCGCAACCGAGCGCGCGGCCCGUCGCACCGCCGAGUCGGCCCUCCGGCGCGCCAAGUCUGGCCGCAGUGCCAACAACGAUGCGUACGCGUCGCGCCGCGCCACCGCGCGCAUGUCAACCUCGCUCGACACCGGAAUUACCGCCGCUGGUGCCGGUGACUUUUCCACCGCCCUCGAUCUCGGCACCGGCAAUCUCACCCUCGACACCCCAACCGAGGCAACCAACGGUCACGCCAGGGCGCAUGCAGCUGCUCCGGUCAGCGCCGCCGUCGACGACUCGGUCCUCGUCCCCAACGCCACCUUUGAUGCCUCGGCCUUUGCCCUUGACAUCUCGGGCAUCACCCUCGACACCAGCCUCGAUACCUCGGGCAUCGGGCUUGAUGCGUAGCAGUAACCACCAUCAUAGUUGUCGUAGCAGAGAAUCGUAGGCAGUUUGUAGACAAGAAGUAGUG